GAAAUAUUUGAUGCGGUCGGCAGCGACGAGACUCCCCGAUCUCCAACUCGCCGCGCACACAAGCGCAUAUCUUCCAAAGAUUUGAACGCGGGCGCGAAAAAGGCGAAAAACCUGGCCUCAAUCAAGGUGUCGGACGACUACUACCUGAGUCUGCAGCAGCGGGAAGACAAGCCGCCGUCCUCCGAGCCACCGCAGCGGACGAGGAGAGAUAGCGAGCUCACGUCUGGACGUCGUGUAGGUGAGGGAUGGAGUCGAAGCAAGAUACGAUUCGCGCCACUGAAUGUGCCUCUGCAGCGGCGAUUGCAGACCCUCCUUGUCCUGCUUCAUACCCUUUCCAUCGUGGGUGGUCUGGCGUUCUUCUUCAUGCUGUGUGGUGUUCCAAUCCUCUGGCCCCUCCUGGUUCCCUACCUGCUAUACUGCCUACUCUCGAGAGCGUCGAUCGAUGGCAAGCUUUCGCAGCGAUCAGACUGGCUUCGAUCAAGCAAGAUCUGGUCACUAUUUGGUUCCUACUUUCCAGCACGUUUGCACCGUAGUCAGCCACUAGAACCGACUCGGAAGUACAUCUUUGGCUACCAUCCGCACGGCAUUAUCAGCCAUGGUGCGUUUGCAGCAUUUGCGACCGAAGCAUUGGGCUUCAGUCAGCUUUUCCCAGGCAUAACCAACACACUCUUGACUUUGGACUCGAAUUUCCGCAUACCGCUCUACCGCGAUUACGCUCUCCGCAUGGGACUUGCAUCGGUCAGUCGUGAGAGCUGCGAAAACAUCUUGUCACACGGUGGACCGAAUGGUGAGGGCAUGGGGAGGGCUAUCACCAUCGUGGUCGGAGGAGCUCGCGAGUCUCUCGAUGCGAAGCCAUACACUUUACGCCUCGUCCUGAAGCGCCGGAAAGGAUUCGUCAAGCUCGCCAUCAGAACAGGCGCUGAUUUGGUACCCAUUCUUGCUUUCGGUGAGAAUGACCUUUACGAUCAAUUCGAUGCGAGCAGCCAUCCCUACGUACAUAAAGCGCAGCUGCUUGUCAAGAAGUUCAUGGGGUUCACGGUUCCUCUCUUCCAUGCUCGCGGUGUCUUCAACUACGACGUCGGCAUGAUGCCAUACCGCAGACCCAUCAAUAUCGUCGUCGGCAGACCAAUCCCGAUCAUCCAGGCCAAAACUCCUGACCCCUCGUACGUGGACAAAAUACACGCCAAGUAUGUUGAAGAAUUAGAAAGAAUAUGGGAUGACUGGAAAGACACUUUUGCGAGAAAUCGGCAGGGAGAACUGGAAAUUGUGGAGUAA